AAUAACUCGGCACGUGGCUUGUGCCGUGCGAGCUCGUCAGCGAAGGCUCUCAGACGCACAGCUGAGUGCCUCCCCCCCUGUCCAAAACCUUCCCCCCACACACACACGGCGGAACUGAACUCCCCUGGUUUUGUGCGUGUGUGUCGCCUCAUUCUCUUUUCUCUUACUCACCAGCCCACGAGCCUGACGCUCACAGGGGUCCUCACACACAGACACACACGGGCGAUAUUGUGCGUCCGAGAGGGAAACUGCCUCGUCAGGUCGGGAAGGAAAAGGCAUGAGAGGGAAUCGCUCACAGGGGAAUUGCCGGUUUCUCUGAGGAGACGGGCGCGUUAUGUUUUACACACAUUUCUGAUUCUGCUUCCCAACCGAGUCGGUUUUGAGAUACAUCCUCCAUGUAAUCAUUCCUAGUCCAGGGGACCAGUAGCAGUCUCAGCACGGUUCCCACCUCCUCCUCCUCUGGUCUUCAUCCCCCAGACCGGCCGGCGCGCUCCCUCCCUCGUUCUCCGACCUCCUUGCGCGGUUGGGUCCACUUCGCGGACGUGGUGGUUGCUCUCGUCUGCACAUACACCCCGUCACCCUCCGCGUGCAAUGCUGUAUUUGCUUAGCGAGAUGAGGCCGGGGGUUUCCUGCUCUUGGGAUACAGCCUAGCGGGAAGAGUCAGGUUUAAAGCUCCAGACUGAAGGAGGAGGUGGCAAAAGAAACUCUGAAAAAGGAACCAUUGGGAAUAUUUUUAAUUCCUUCCUUGAAAUCCGACUGGAUUUUGGAGCAGAUCAUUUUUUGAAAGCACUAGAAGAAGAUUUGGAAAAGAUAAAGACUCUCAUCCGCUUGCAAGCCUCUCAGUGUGAAACCAGUCUACCCUUAUUCACACCUGUAGUAACUGAUGGCCUAUGCUUUGACCUGUCUAGAAGGAGACUUUAUGAUCCAUAUUUUGAGUGGCUGAAGAGUGAAUUGGCACUGUGCUGUGAAGAGAGAAGUAUUGCUCAAGUGCAGAGUUCUCAAUGAACUGGAGUUUAUAUACUGCUUUGAAGCUUUUUGAGGGGGAAAAGCUGUCACGCUGUGUAGCUCAUAUAUUGUGAAUUCCAGAAUACUGAAGAAAAGGAACAGAGUUGAUAAUGAAAAUGGACAUGAAGGAUGCUGACAUGACUCUAUGGACAGAGGCUGAAUUUGAAGACAAGUGUACCUACAUUGUAAAUGAUCACCUCAUGGAAUCCAGCAUAGAAGGCUGCAGUAUAACCCAGGCUGAGUCUUCCUUGCCGAGGAACUUAAUUUUCAAAUAUGCAGGAAAUUGCAAAGAGGUUAUUGGAGUUAUUAGCAAAGAUAUUAUCCCCAAAGGAACACGCUUUGGACCCCUAGUUGGUGAGAUCUAUACCAAUGACACAGUUCCUAAGGAUGCAAACAGAAAAUAUUUUUGGCGGAUAUAUUCUGGUGGCGAACUUCUUCACUUCAUUGAUGGAUUUAAUGAGGAAAAGAGCAAUUGGAUGCGUUAUGUAAACCCAGCACAUUCUGUUCAGGAGCAGAACCUGGCUGCUUGUCAGAAUGGAAUGGACAUCUACUUUUACACUAUUAAACCCAUACCACCUGGCCAGGAAUUGCUCGUGUGGUAUUGCCGGGACUUUGCAGAUAGGUUACACUAUCCUUCCACUGGAGACCUGGUGACGAUGAAUAUCGCACAAAGCCACAUUAGUCCAAAGCAGCAAACUAAUGACAAAGAUGAACUUUAUCAGAAAAACGUUCCCAGAAGAGAACACAGUGUGAAGGAAAUCCUGAAAACUGAUUCCAGUAAUCCUAAAGGAAGGGACUUAUUUUAUAGCCACAUUUCUCCACAUAUUCAAGAAAAAGCUUUGGAGGGCUUGAGAAAAAAUUGUAGCCCUGAAAGGCCUUUCUAUCCCCGCAUUGUCUACCCAAUCCGACCGCACAUUCCAGAUGAUUACUUGAAGGCUUCUGUAGUUUAUGGGAUUGAGAGGCCUAGUUACAUUGCCAACUCACCAAUCCAAUCUUCUACCACACCAAGUCCCACAGCAAGAAGUAGUCCAGACCAAAGUUUCAAAAGCUCAAGCCCUCACAGUAGCCCUGUUACAGUUUCACCCUUAGCUUCUAUGACUCAAGAGCACAGAGAACCUUAUCCUUACUUGAAUGGACUCUAUCACUCAGAAGGAUUGGGGGCAUAUUCCGGGUAUGCACCCUCGAGCCAUCUCCCACAAACCUUUCCCUAUCCCAAAUUUCUGAUACCACCAUAUGGCAUGAGCAUCAACAAUUUUAAUCUCUUUCCAAGGAUGUAUCCUUUUUACAACAGCCUACUCAGUGGAGGGAGCAUCUCUAAUCAUAUGCUGAACUCAUCAGGUCUUCCAAGUUCCUUGCCAUCUGAUGGAAACCGCCAACUAUUGCAUCCUGACCAUCCAAGGGACUUCCUCAUCCCUGCACAUAACAGUGCCUUCUCCAUCACAGGAGCUGCUGCCAGCAUGAAAGACAAGCCAUGUAGCCCAACUAGUGGAUCACCCACAGCAGGCACAGCAGCUACUUCAGAACACAUCAUGCAACCUAAACCUACCUCAGCAGUAUUGGCUGCCACCAGCAGUGAAGAAGCCAUGAAUCUUAUCAAGAGCAAGCGAAAUAUGACUGGAUACAAAACCCUUCCAUACCCACUGAAGAAACAGAAUGGUAAAAUAAAGUAUGAAUGCAAUGUCUGCUCCAAAACCUUUGGUCAGCUCUCUAAUCUGAAGGUUCACCUUCGAGUACACAGUGGAGAAAGACCAUUCAAAUGUACUACUUGCAAUAAAGGGUUCACUCAACUGGCUCACCUCCAAAAGCACUAUCUGGUACACACAGGAGAAAAGCCCCAUGAGUGUCAGGUCUGCCAUAAACGAUUCAGCAGCACAAGCAACCUGAAGACCCAUCUGCGGCUCCAUUCUGGAGAGAAGCCUUAUCAGUGCAAGCUUUGCACUGCUAAAUUUACCCAAUUUGUGCACUUGAAACUGCACAAACGACUCCACACCAGAGAGCGCCCGCACAAGUGUAUCCAUUGCCAUAAGAGCUAUAUCCACCUUUGUAGCCUCAAGGUCCACCUGAAAGGCAACUGCCCUGUUGUUCCUGCAUCCCACCUUUCUACAGAGGACCUCAAUCGGAUCAAUGAAGAGAUUGAGAAAUUCGACAUUAGUGACAGUGCAGACAGGUUGGAUGAUGUUGAGGACAAUGUUGACAUGGCAUCUGUAGUAGAAAAAGAAAUACUUGCUGUGCUUAGAAGAGAGAUAGAAGGAGCUACUCUUAAAGCAUCAUUACAGAGGAACCUGGGAAAUGGACUAGUUUCCUCAGGAUGUAAUCUUUAUGAAUCGUCGGAUAUGUCAAUUGUGAAGUUGCCUCAUGGUUAUCCACUACCUCGGGUACCUAUAAAGGUCAAGCAAGAAACAGUUGAACCAAUGGACCCUUAAAUGCUGUAGGAUGUGCAUGCCUAUGUAUGCGUGUGUGAGAGAGUAUGUGUGUGCGCGCUCAUGUGCAUACUUACAUGUGCAUUUGUAUGUAUGGCAACCAAGUAAUUUUUUUUUAAUUUAUGACUUGGCAAGUCAGGGUGCCUGUAGCAAUUGCUUGUAUAUAGUGUCAAUGCUGCAAAGCAAUCUUGGCUUACAGUAGUUUAACUCCAUUUGAAAGAAGGAACUCCAAAGUUAUAUUCUCAGGGCAUGAAAAGAGGCAAGGACUGUAUAUUACCUCUCCUACUUCCAAAAAAAGACAAUCUUUUAUCCAUAAUCAUUUUCCAGUAAUAAAUCAUAAUUUAUUAAUUAUAAUUUAACAUUCAAAAAGCAAUAGAUAGAAAAUAUUUACAAUGAUGGGAGAAUUCAUUGUAAGGUUGAAUAUAAAUAUUCAGAUAGAUAUUGUCUUGUGAUGAUUCUUUGUAGAAUUUCUUCCUGUAGAUCUGUUUAAAAAAACAAAAAAAAGCCUUAAAUUGAACAGGAGUACAGGAGGAGGGAAGCAUAGGGGGGAAAUGUUACAUUCCUGAUUUAGAAAUGAGGUUUUUGUUUUGCCAAAGGUAAAUCCUAGAAAUUCCUUUAGUUGGGACAGUGCUGUGUUACUGAAUGAAGUGGGAAGAAAUGUGAAAUUACCCCAAAAUAUAUGCAGCAGUCAAAGAGAUAAAGUCAUACUGGUAUAGGGACAGAAAAGAGCGAUGAGAGGGUUUUUCCAUCUACAGUACAUCUCGUGUUUCAGAUGCGUGGGAAAGUAAAAUCCUCUGCCAGAAAUAAUGCAUCAGAUAGGUUUUUAAAACAAACAUCUUAUUGUUCAUCAUAAAAUUUAGGGCAAUAGUUUUACAAAAUUACUUAUUUUUCUUCUUCUCACAAACUGUUUGUAUAAGUAUGCAAGGAAUAAUACCCCAAAGAUGCUGCCUGAAAAAGAGAGUAUUGCUGAGAUUUUUUGCCAGUGGAGUUCAAUGGGGGAAUCUGAUUUCUAGGUUCCCUGGGAAAGAUGUGACAGGUUUUUUUUCUUUCCCCUCCCCUUCCACCUAUCCACUUGGGUGGAAGUUGUUAACAAAGUCCUUUCUUGGCAUACUCUAUUGGGGUUUUCCCCCCCCCUUUCCCUGUAUGACUCAAGAUUUCUCUCAGUAUUUGUAUUAGUACUUUUUGUGGUUAAUUUAAUUAAAGAUGAAAAGGGCAUUGCAAAGUUGCUGAACAACAGUUACCUCAUUGAGUGUGUCCAGUGGUGCAGAAAAAGUUGUUUUAUCUCAUGCUUUGCUACUUUAGAGAAUAAACCAAAAUGUGCAGAGGAGAAGAUAGAAUGCACAUUCUGUUCUUUUUUGUAAACCUUUUUUGUUUUGCUAAGCCCAAAGAUAACAUGUCAGCAUACAAGAUGUAGCAAAGCAUACAUGUAUAUUUAUAGAUAUGUAUACCAAUAUACUGUGUGUGUGCACGUGUAUAUUAUAUACCACUUAAGUUUGUGAGCCAAACCUUAUUACAAAAUCUAUUUACAUAGUUUGCUUCACCCUCCAAUGAGAUGAAUUAUCUCCAAUCCAUAUUGCUGUGCUAAAGACUUACAUGGCACAGUAUUUUUUCCUUAGUCCUGCAAACUGUUACUCACAAGCUACUUAUCCACAUAUUAUAUUAUAGAUUCCCACAGAAUUCUAUGUUGAUCCCCCUCAUUUUCUUGCUGAGGACUUUUGACUGUGGGGAAGAAAAACACAGUGGAGAAAUUUUUGCUGAAAAAAUAAAAGAAACUAAAUCUCACUCACCUAUGUAUGGUAUAAAUAUGAUACAGAAUGGUAAUUCAUUUUAUUGUUAAGUCUGUUGACUGGAUCAAUAAAUUGAUUCACUGAUAGAAUACAGAGUGGUAAAAAUAGAAUGAGCUGUUUAAAUGUUCUGAGAAGUCUGCUGAAAUUUCCUCUGCUUCUUAAAAAGUUGCAUGAUCACAUAUAUUUAACAGGAAUAACAGCGUUAUUACACAUUUCUACUAUGUGUAUAUAUUCCUAUCUCAUCAUAGUCUCCAGGAAUUAGACUGUUUCAGAAAUGAUAUCAAUCUAAUGCUGCCUUGUUUAAAAUACCAAACAUAUAUCUGACCUAAAAAUAGCCCAAGGAAAAUCUUUUAAAUAUAGCUUUUGAAGGAAGGACUACAGUUCAUUACAUUUCUGCUCCCGUAAAUUGUGAGGCAAACAUAUUUAAAUGUAGCAAUGUUUUAUAAAUGUAGGAUUUAACUUUAGGAUAAACCAAAGUACCACUAUCAUCACUGGACACACACUUGCUUUUAUUAAUUGCCUGUAGUGCUUUCUUGUAUUUGAUACAAAUUUUACAAAGAUUUAUAUGCAUCAGCUUUAAAAUUUGCUUCUUCUCUGUCCAAUCUUCUCCUCUCCAUUUAGAACCUUUACAUGUGAAUGUAGCAACGAUCAGUGUUUUUCUAAAGAACAGGCUCUGACCAAAGUUAACAGGCUUUUUACUUUCCUAGAACAAACUAUCUUAUGUUUACGUACUGGUUUACAUUGUUAUUUAUGUGCAAAAUUGUCAAAAUGUAAAUUAAAUAUAAAAUGUUCAUUGCUUUA